AUGCACACCGCGACAUGUCGGCCAGGGGAGCAGUUAACGUUUCAGUGUGGUGAUGUCAACUCCCCGGGAGAAAGAAGAGAAAAAAAAGAAAGAAAAAAAAACAGAAUAAAAUGCGGCGGCGGAAACCGUAUUGCACGCGCGGUCGUUUCAAAGCGGUGUGCGUUUCCGCGCGCGACGAAGCCCGCGGAACGCGCGCUGGGGCGCGGCAGCAUCGGGCGCCGAAUUCAGAGCUCUUUUCGCUCUUGCGCGGCCCGCGCGCUUCUCCGAUGGCCUGGAUAA